AUGGGAGGCACCGACGACCUCAAGGGCGGCAAGCCUCCUUUGGACAAGGAAGACACCGCGGGCAGCCAGGGCGGAUUCUCCGGUUUCAUGGACGAUCUGAAGGGGAAACUGAGCGAGACCAAGCUUCACGAUGCAAAAGUCGCUUUGAUUCACAAAAAACAUCAAAUUGGCAAAUUUGGAAAUCUGUUUAACAAAGAUCAUCGCCAUGAUGAAGAACACGAGCAGCGAUGCGAUGCCAAACGCUCAGCCAUCUGCGAGCAACAUCGGUUUCAAUCCUAUUUCCCGGAGCGAGAGGGAAACCUGAUCAAGUGGUACGUCGAUGGUUGCGACUACUUCUGGGCCGUCUCCGUCGCCCUCGAGCAAGCUCAAGAGUCCAUCUACAUUUGCGAUUGGUGGCUGUCGCCCGAACUCUUUUUGCGACGACCUCCCUACCAUAACCAGGACUUUCGUCUCGAUCAAAUUCUCAAGAGGAGAGCCGAAGCCGGUGUCAAAAUCUACGUUGCCGUCUACAAGGAGGUAGAGGCAGCCCUUACCUGCAACUCUCGCCAUACCAAGCAUGCUCUGGAUGCUCUCUGCCCCGAGGGAACACCAGGACACGGCAAUAUUCGCGUCAUGAGACACCCUGAUCACAAUGUCUUCGAAAAUGCUGCCGACAUGACCAUGUAUUGGGCUCACCACGAAAAGUUCAUUGUCAUUGACUAUGCCAUGGCUUUUAUAGGCGGUUUGGAUCUCUGCUUUGGUCGCUGGGACGCUCGCCAGCAUCCGCUGUCCGAUGUACACCCAGAAGGUGUUUCCGAAGAAAUUUGGCCCGGACAGGACUUCAAUAAUAAUCGCAUCAUGGAUUUCCAAAAGGUCGCAGACUGGGAACAGAAUGAGUUGAGCAAGGCUGAAUAUGGGCGUAUGCCCUGGCACGAUGUCUCCAUGGCUGUCAUCGGCCCUAGUGUCUACGAUAUCGCUGAACAUUUUGUGCUUCGUUGGAAUUUCAUCAAGAGAGACAAGUACAAGAGGGAUACACGCUACGAUUGGAUCGUAUUGGAAGGCCGCGAAGGCGAAGAUGAGGAUUUGGUGGGUGUCCAGCGGCCUAAGCAUCCUGUUGGCGAGUACCUCAAACAUCCAAUCUCACCUUUGAGCACCAAGAACCUGGAUAACAGGGGCACAAUCAAAGCGCAGAUAGUACGAUCUAGUGCCGACUGGUCCAGUGGAAUCUUAAAGGACCACUCUAUUCAAAAUGCGUACUGUGAGAUUAUCAGCAAGGCCGAGCACUACGUCUACAUUGAGAAUCAAUUCUUCAUCACCGCCACGGGUGACCAGCAGUCCCCCAUCCACAACACCAUUGGCCGCGCCAUGGUGGAAGCGGUGGUUCGGGCUGCCAAGGAAGGACGCAAGUUCCGCAUCAUCAUCAUUAUUCCUGCUAUUCCCGGGUUUGCUGGUGAUCUUCGAGAAAACGCUGCCUCUGGAACCCGAGCCAUCAUGGACUAUCAGUACAAGUCCAUUUGCCGUGGCGAGAAUUCCAUCUUUGGACAAAUCAAGAAAGAAGGUGUAGAUCCCACGCAGCACAUUUUCUUCUUCAACUUGCGAUCCUACGAUCGUCUCAACAAGACCCACGCCAUCUGCGAGGCCGAAAAGAAGACGGGCAUCAGCUACCAGCAAGUACAGCGUGCUGAAGCCGAAGAAAUCAUGGCCAGUGGUGUCCACGGAUACGAAAACAGCAGUUCUGACGACGAAGAUGGUACCGGCAGAUUCCACGAUUUACACUUGCGACGCAAGCAAGACCGAGAGAAGCGCAAGGCCAACAUGACCAGCUCACAACAAAAGGCAGCCGAAGACGCCAAACUUGCCCGGGAGAUUUUCGAAAAGGAAAAGCCAGAUGAGGAGGUGACCUCUGCAGCAACAGUGGCACAUCACGCCAUGAGAGUAGAUAGUAAACUACAGGACGAGCCGUGGGAUGCCCACGACGACGAAGAGUCGGAAAUCAAAAACUGGAUCCAGGAAGAGUUGUACGUCCACUCGAAGCUACUCAUCGCCGACGAUCGGAUCGUCAUCUGCGGAUCCAGCAACUUGAACGACAGAAGUCAACUGGGCGACCACGACAGCGAACUCAGCAUCGUCAUGGAAGACACGCGCAUGAUUGAAACCACCAUGGACGGCAAACCAUUCCAAGCGGGCUACCACGCAGCCACCCUCCGACGAUACCUAUGGCGAGAGCACCUCGGCCUGCUACCGCCCCAAGAUCUCGACGCAAAGGACGACAUCAACGCCCAGCCCCCGACGGUCAAUCCCGAAAACGACAUCUACGACAAGGACGAGUCGUGGGAAUUUGUGUCCGACCCACUAGCAGACCAGCUUUGGGAUAUGUGGAUGGGACAUGCGCUGAAGAACACCAAAAUAUUCCGUAAUGUAUUCCACGCAGAUCCAGAUGAUCACAUUAAAACAUUCGAUGACUACGACCGCUAUCUUCCCCCCAAGGGCGUCAAACAGGGCCACAUUUACGACCAGUUUAUGCCUCCUGAGGAAGCGAGGGAGAAGUUGUCCCAGGUUAAGGGGCAUUUGGUGUGCAUGCCGAUGAUGUUUUUGCAGGACGCGGAGAUGGCAGAGAGGGGAUUGCAGGUUAAUUCGUGGACGGAGAGUGUGUAUACCUAA